AUGCCUCCGAUGAAGAGGACAAUGUUAUUGUUCGGCAUAGUCCUGGCCACGAAUGGCUCAAGCAAAUUGGGCAGCCCACAUUCCUCGCAAGACGCCCAAUCACCGCAUACGCCAGCGAACCAGUCAUUCCACAUCCUUAUUCCCGCAACGAAAAGCGACGUCAACCUUUGCAAGACUCUACUCAGUGGCUCCAUACUAGACUACCCUCCCCCAGUCAUAAUAGCAUGGGAUCAGACGAUAGAUCCCGACAAGCAGGAGGGCAUGUGGGGGGGUGGGACCCAUCUAUUCAAGAUCUCGAAGGUCCUAGAGUGGCUGCAAAACCUUCCCCCGGACCGAGAUGAGGACCUAGUAAUGAUGAUGGAUGGUUAUGACAUUUGGUUUCAACUAAGCAAAGAAAUCUUGAUUCAGCGAUACCACGAGAUCAACGCGGAGGCUAAUGCGCGAAUCAGAAGAAGGAUAGGAAGAGCAGCAGAUAUCGAAGGCAUUAAGCAGACCAUCGUCUUCGGCAGUGGAAAGAGGUGUUUCCCCAACGAGAUCCACACGGUGGCUUGCUGGCCUCUACCACCGUCGCCUCUACCAGAAGACAUGUGGGACGGCAACACGGAUACCACGAUUGGGUCUUUUCCCAACGCAUGGGCCGCGACACGGCAGAAAUUCCUGAACUCAGGCAUUAUAAUAGGUCCAGCAAAAGACAUGCGCGCUCUGUUCGCGCGAGCGGCUACUGUAGUGAAUGAAUUAGGUCAAGACCCCGAGCCAGACGACAAUGGCAGUCGAUGGUCUGAGAAGGCAUACCAUAGUAGCGAUCAGUCCGUCUUCAAUGUGAUCUUCGGCAAUCAAGAAUUCCAACGGGAAGUCAUACGCAUCCGACACAUCAGCUGGUUCCAUAACCCCAUGCUCAAAGCGCAACAAAUGUUCGGCAAGGACUUGAGCGCGACCACAGAAACACUGGAGGGCAAUGCCAUCGUCAACAUCUUGGAUCCACCCUGGUCCCACGCCCAAAUCCCUCAUCUACCUGGCAAGCCCCUCGAAUUCGGCAUAGGUCUCGACUACUGGUCCUCUCUCUCCUUCCAGACCGCCAAUUCCGAGCGCAAUGGCGGCUGGCUGACCUACAGCAAAGGGGCCUCCCUAGAAGACCAAGUCGAGCACAAAGAUCGCUGGGACUGCAAACCUCACUUACGUCCCGACCUCCCUGCUGACAUCCUCGCCUCUCCUGCCCCUGUCAUCACCAGUGGCGGCGCCGCCUCACCACCCUCCAAUCAAGAGCAACAACAAGAACAACAUGAACAACAAGACCAGAAUCCUAGCGAACGCCGGGAUACCUCCCUCAACCCAGUAUCGUGGGAUUCCGUCCCCCUUUACACCAACAUUUGCGCUGGCACAAUCCCCGUCAUGGUGCACUUGAAUGGCAACAAACAAGCCCGCGACACAGAGUGGGCAAAUAUGUGGUAUCAGCCUUCGGCGGAGCAACUACACGAAGCAAGUAAGCCCAAAGAGGGAGAGAGUAUGUUGAAGGGAGCGGAAAAUGGAGGGAGAAAAGAGAUGGAGCCAGGCAGUGCGUUCGCGGAUACCGGGCUUACUUUGAACUUUGGGGAGAUUUGUAAAGACUGGGACUUUUCAUAG